UAGUAGUCACUCCUCAGGAAUCUGUUUUAACUUUGGCUGAGAAAUACAUGUAACAAUACCUUCAACCUUGUGAAGUUACUAUUUGUAUCCAAGGAGUUAGGAAGAGUAACCUCUUCUUUCAAUUUCUGCCCUCUGACUUUGGGCUCAUUUCAUUAUUGAGAAGAAAGGAAAAGUGUGAGGUAAGUUUUAAUCCUGAAUUUUUGUGAAAAGUAAUUUACUUUUUAUCUUUAAGGAAGAAACUUGGAGCAUCAUUCUCUGUUGGUGAUCUUCCGUAUUUUUCUAGUGUAACCAUGGAUUGCUCUAAAACAAAGCAACAUUCCUGGAUUUUCCCCACUGUCAUUCUCUGUAUCUAUGGAUUUUUCUCCAUGGCUAGACCUUCGGAACCAUUUAUCAUACCUUACUUAAUUGGACCUGAAAUAAAUCUGACACUCAGUCAGGUCUCUAAUCAUAUGUUUCCAAUUUGGACUUACUCUUACUUGGCGCUGCUCUUCCCUGUGUUUGUGCUGACUGAUUACCUUCGGUAUAAACCUGUCAUCAUCUUACAGGGAGUUAGCUAUGUGAUCACAUGGGUGCUGCUCGUAUUUUCCCGAGGAUUAUUAGCUAUGCAGGUUCUGGAAUUUUUCUAUGGGAUGGCCACUGCCACAGAGGUGGCCUAUUAUUCCUACAUUUACAGUGUGGUUGAUGUGGAACAUUACCAGAAAGUAACAAGUUACUGUAGAAGCAUCACACUAGUGGCUUUCACAGCUUUUUCUGUCCUGGGACAACUCUUGGUCUCCCUGGCAAACGUAACUUACUUUUACCUCAACGUUAUAACCAUGGUCUGUCUCUCCUUGGCAUUAGUUUCCUCAUUUUUUCUGCCAAUGCCCCAGAGAAGCAUGUUCUUCCAUAAAAAACCCACUGCAAAAGAAAGUUCUCCAGGAUCUCCAGAUGAAGAGUCACCUAGUCAUGGAAGUUCUGUCAGCCUAGAAGGUGGCAUCAUUUCAGAAUCACCAACGAAAUCGGGAAUACAGCAAGAAAGCUGUCCUCCUGGCCUCCAGCAUAAAAACCUGAUGCUGAGGGUGUUUUUGCAGUGGUGCCAAGACUUGAAGGAGUGCUACUUGACCAAACAUCUUUUAUUCUGGUCCAUUUGGUGGGCUUCUUCCACAGCUGGCUUUAACCUAGUGCUAAACUAUGUCCAGGUUCUAUGGGAUCACAAGGCACCAUCUCAAAAUUCUCAAGUGUAUAAUGGAGCAGUAGAAGCUGUUGCAACAUUUGGAGGUGCUUUGGCAUCCUUGGCUGUGGGAUAUCUAAAAAUCAACUGGGAUCUUUGGGGAGAAUUGGCUUUAGGAAUCUUCUCAGUCCUCGAUGCUGCUUCCGUACUCCUCAUGCGUUUCACCAGCAAUAUCUGGGUGUGUUAUGCCGGCUUUUUGAUUUUCAAAUCAGGUUAUAUGCUUCUCAUAACCAUUGCAGUUUUUCAGAUUGCAGUAAACCUCAGCAUGGAGCGUUAUGCCUUAGUGUUUGGAGUCAACACCUUUAUGGCUCUGGUGAUUCAGACCAUAAUAACAUUUAUCGUGGUUGAUUCUAAAGGUCUGAGUCUGCCUGUUGAAACUCAGUUCCUAGUUUAUGGAAGCUAUUUUUUUGUCAUUGCUGGAAUUUUCAUAGUGAGAAGUAUUUAUAUAAUCUAUUCCAUCAAAUGCAAAAAGGAGAAAAGAGCGACGAUCACCAAUCUGAACCCAAGUGAAGGAAAACCAGAGAAAUGUAUCGAAUCAACAAAGCUUUAGUGUCCACACUGGUCUCAUUGUUUUACAGAAAAACAGAAAAUUACUUUGACUGCAAAUGUGAUAGUUUGAAAAACUAGAUUUCUAUGUUUUGCCCUGAAUCAAAAUAUAUGAGCUGAUUAAAUUCUAGUUGACUUGCUCCAAACUGCCAUCAAUCUCAGUUUUGCUACAUCAGUAUUAGCUAACCUCAGGUCAAAUUGGGUGUCACCAAAAGAUUUGGUCACCCUGAUUAAUAGAGCCUAUCCACGGUGAUCCAGUGAAGAAGUGGGUCUCCAAAUCCUAAUUGCACUAUUUACGAGCCAUAGUUUAUCAUCAGGACAACUGAAGCUUUCUGACAACCUAAGGAUCUUCUUGCCAAAACAAAUAGCUCUCAAGAAAAUGUUAGCUAUUGCAUCAAUCUUCCUUUGCAAUUAAGCACACCUUCUGUACUACUUAUUAUUCUUCUGGAGAAAUGCAGCUUUUUGUGCCUGUGUCUGAAGGACACCCCACUGAACUCUGAAAUGCUAAAAUGUUGCUGAGAAACUGUCAUCACUCAAUGAGUCCCCAGCAACUUGUUCCUCAUCUAUCAAACCUUGUUGACCGGAUACUAAAGCAUAGGAAUAAAUUUCAGAAAUUCCUUAGCUAGAUCUGGUUCUGGCCUCAGCUCCACAGUGACCCAUAAGUUUCAGUUUGACUCUUCUUCAUUUUCCUAACAUGGAAAAUAGGAAAAUAAUAUGGAGUAAAAGGAUGCACUGGAUACACUAGAGAAGGAUGGUAAACCACUUCCAAGAUCUACUGGAAAGAAUUUCUGAAAUCUCUAUUGAAUUCUCCCUCAAAAAAUGCUCUUAGUUAUUUAUUGACCUUCACUUUCAAAUGAAUGUUGGUAGCAAAUAAAAUUUUUUUUCUAACCUUC